AUUUUAUCCUAACGGGCCUCCAUGCCUGAGGGGACCUCAGUGCCACCCUCCUUCGCCACUUUGCCAGCUGCCCUCACGUUCGUGGCAUCACCUCAGUUGCGUUUUGCUACAUGAAGUUCACCACCAGCUAGAACCCAAACCCCCCUGGCCUCAUAGCCCCUCCCCUUUCCCCUUUGCCCACCAAUGAGACAUAUCACUCAGAGUUUGGCUACCCAAUGAGCUCCUGGGUGCAGGGGUUGCUGGGACAUCAGCUGUCCUAUAAAGCGCGGGAGGGGGCAUGUCACGCCAUAGAGGACUACGUGCACAGGCUGCGGGAGGAGAGUGGGUUGCUAAGGAUGCACUGUUAUCGGGCAACCCUUGAGACAGUUAUCAGGGAGGUGAAGCCAGAGCUGCGCAGGCCCGGAGUCCAGGCGAUAAAGAAAGCACAUCUACUACCCUUUACAGAGUAUGCCCGUCUGGGUCUGCCCCGCGUUGGCCUGCCCCCUGACCUGCCCCUGGACACCUGCAGAGUGGGGGCCAUGCUGAGGCAGGAGGGUCGUGUGGUGGUAUACUUCAGCGUGGCUCUGCUACUGGCACCGGUGGUGUAGACACUGGUGCUGCUGGACAGGAUGCUAUACCUCCAGGAGAAAGGUAUAAAGAGUCAGCUGGUGCCAUUCUUUGACCCUGCGUUGACCCUGAAACCUGGUACUGAUGGCUUUGACACCUCUAAAACCGUGUGUUGUGUUCAGAGUUUACUACCUUACUCAUUGGUCCUCAAAGAUUUUGGAGUGGAAGUUUAGAAGUGAGUAUCUGUGUCCGAAUAUCCGUGUGAAAACCCAGCAGUGUUGCAGUUCUUGACACAAACCGGUGCGACUGGCACCUUCUACCAUACUCCGUUCAAAGGCACUUUAAAUCUGGAUUUGGUUUCAUUAACAUAUUUAGUGAAACCCAAGUGCAUAUAUACAUUAAAUCAAAUACCCUAGUACACACACCAAAACUUUUCAAAUGUUCAAAUCAACAACAAAAAACGUAGACAGUCCGGUGCAUCGCAGAUUCAAAACUGUUGGACAGCAACAUAAAACUAAAGCACUGAUAAUUGGGAACGAGAGCAGUCAUUCUGAUAAGGCUUGAUCCAUAAAUUAAAUAGGUAGCCUAGCCUACAAACCUAAAACAAUCCAUAUGUUCAAAUCAAAAGGCCUGAUUGACAUCAAUAACGCAGCCACAUCCCGAGUCCCCACUGCUGAUGCAUUAAAAAAUCUAAAGAUGGUUUCGUUUAAAACCUCUAAUGAACAAUACUUUAAUGAGAACAAAAAUCCACUUUGGGUAAAUAAAAAAUGUUUUCAAAAGAUGUAGCCUAUGAUGCAACACGCAUGAUCAUUUUAAAGAGAACAAAAACUACUUGGCCUACAGUACAUUUGAACACCACCGCAGAAGCUUCGCUAUUAGGCAUCUUCCCAAUUAAGUUGCCUAAUUUUGUUAGGUCCUAGUUCUCCAAGUAGCCAAUCACUCACAGCCUACCUCUUCCAAUGCAUUGUGGAAAAAUGUGCAUGAAAUUCUACUAGAUGAGCUGAAAUUAGUAACAUUUAAACCAUACCUGAUUUUUGAAAAUUGCAUACUAUAAAAUGUUUUCCCAUACUGAGAAUGCGUCAUGCACAAUUGCAUUGUUUCGUGUUAUUGGUUAAUUUUGGUAGCACAUCCCCAUAUCUGGUUCUCAAAGCUGAAAUAGGUAUGACAUCUGGACAUUUAAAGUAUACUUGAUUUUCAAAAUGUCACAUACUAUAAAACUUUUGCAUACUCAAAAUGGCCUAUUUAGAACGCAAGUAUGGGUAUUCGGACAUGGCCAGAGUCAAAUGACUAAUAUUUCAUCACAGAAUGUGGAAAGAAGUGGAGGGCACGCAACCAUACAUGUAAUGCAAUUGCUUUUCCAUAUUGUCUGGACAAAAUUGCUUUUGAGAGAAUGUACCCCUUUUCUGGCAAAUUGUGGCAAUGAAUAAAGACUAGUAUUUAGAUUUCA